GAAAGAAAGACCUAACUAGAUCAGAGGCGUUCUGCGUUCGUAUCCUCGCGUUCUGCUCUUGUUUGUUCAAGUUUGAGGAAGUAGUGCAAACACUGAAGCUUAUCACUGGAGGUUCUCGCGCAAGGAAAAGGACUAUUGACAGGAAGCUUAUCUCCUCUUCUUUUCCUCUUUGCUUCGGGAUAACUCCAUCUUCCAGAAAACAGCAUAAUGAAUUUCGGAACAUCACUAUGCCAAAGAUUGAAUAUAAAGCAUCUCGUUACCAGUACUUCUGUUUACAGCAAUGUCACAGGGGAAGGAUUGAGUUUGAUGUUCAGGCGCUGGGCUACUAAAAAACAAGCUGGAUCCUCAAAGAAUGGGCGAGACUCUUUACCUAAGAAUCUUGGAGUGAAGAAAUUUGGUGGAGAGAGAGUGAUACCUGGAAACAUCAUUGUUCGCCAGAGGGGAACCCGAUUCCAUCCUGGAAAUUAUGUUGGGUUAGGGAAGGAUCACACUCUUUUUGCUCUGAAAGAAGGCACCGUAAAGUUUGAAAAGCACAAGCUCAGUGGACGUAAGUGGGUGCAUGUAGAGCCCAAAGAGGGCCAUGUGCUUCACCCUAUAUAUGCGAAUGUUGCAGCAGCUGCGACGGUGGAGACAGUCUGAGUCCUUGUUUUGUUUAGAUCUUUUUAGCCUCAAACUUAUUUCCAGAUUAGUCACCAUUCAAAAAUUACCGGCGUGCCACUUGCCAAUGGGUUUUUAUAAAUCAAUAACUCCUGAACUUAUGUUCAUUUAAGUUUUAUAUAAAUUUAGAAUUCUAAUUUGUAUCACCUAGAUUGUGGCCAUGCAGCCUUGCGGUACUCUUGAAUGUUGUCCACAGUGAUGUGGGUCGUUGUAUUUGUAUUUCGGUAAAAGUUCAACAAAAUGUAGUCCUCUCCGGGAGCAAAUGACAUCCCUAAAGUGCUCCCCUUAUAUCAGCAAGUCAAAUUGAAAUUCCAGGUGCUAUUCUUCAUUCUUA